AAGAUUUCCAUUCCUUCCAACAGCGGAGUCGUUUGAGUGUGGUAGGGUUUAGGCAGCGCCGGCCGGAAAAAGAUGGGGGAGCGGGCGAAGGAGUGGCUCCUCGUCGCCGGCGCCGGCGCGGCCGUCGGAGCUCUCUCCGCAGCCGCCUUCAUGAGCUUCCUCUCGAGAUCCAAGGGGAGAGAGGGGUACGUGCGGGACCUGCUGGAAUCGAAUGGCGCGAUGAGUGGCAGCUCCCGAUCAGGUGGGCACCUGGGUGUUGUUGGUAGCUCAGAUCUUCUCUCUGAUGAAGUGGUCUCUGAACAGCUUACAAGGAAUAUACAAUUUUUUGGUCUAGACUCUCAGAAGAAAGUGACUGAAUCUUAUGUCGUGAUCAUCGGUCUUGGAGGGGUUGGCAGUCAUGCCGCUUCGAUGCUCCUAAGAUCUGGGGUUGGCAGGUUGCUCCUUGUGGAUUUUGAUCAGGUCUCACUCUCGUCACUAAAUCGACAUGCUGUGGCAACCAGAGAUGAUGUCGGAACUCCAAAAGCGUUCUGCCUCAAGAAGCAUUUUUCGAUGAUAUAUCCAGAGUGCCAAAUAGAAGCAAGAGUGCAAUUGUAUGAUUCAUCGUCUGAGGAGGAAAUUCUUUCUGGACAGCCUGAUUUUGUUCUUGAUUGCAUAGAUAACAUUGAUACUAAGGUGGCACUCCUUGCGGCUUGCACGCGUAGAGGUUUGAGGGUACUUUCUGCAAUGGGGGCUGGAGCUCGAGCUGACCCGACCCGAAUUCGUAUUGCAGAUUUGAGAGAAUCAAGCAAUGAUCCUCUCUCUCGCUCGGUGCGGUAUCGGCUUAAGAAGGAUCAUGGAAUUGAGGGUGGAGUACCAGUAGUUUUUUCAUUGGAGAAGCCAAAGGCAAAGCUACUUCCCUUUCAAGCUUCAAAAGAAGAGGAAACUCCAUCAGAUUACCAGAUUGUGCCAGGAUUCAGGGUUCGCAUUAUCCCAGUCCUGGGAACCAUUCCUGCUAUCUUUGGUCAAGUUAUGGCCUCCUAUGUGGUUACUCAGCUUGCUAAAUUUGAUUUCCAAACUGAGCCUAUUGUUAACCUAGAUUUGGAUCAUUACCGUGUCCUACAUCAGCGUCUUCUUGAGCAUGAGGAGCUCAUAUAUGGGACAGCCGAGCAAGUUCUGGUGGAUGCUGAGGAGGUAAUGUACGUUGUCAAAGAAUUGUGGCGUGGUCGAAGUGCUAGAGACCAAAGUAUGAAGGACACUGGUCGAAAAAUGUGGAGAGCUGUCAAUGAACUAAUGCUCGUUCGGUGGGACAAAUCAAUGCCUGCUGGUGUGUCAAACUUAAUACUCCUCAAGUUUAGUGAGGCUGAUGCGCAUGAAUCCACCACACUCGAUCGGAUAAAAGAAGAAGAACCGGAAUUUCACUCUAUGGUUUUGCGUGUCCUGAAACGAGCUGAAACGGAGUUUGCUUUAUGAGUGGGUCACUGAUCUUAUUGGAUUUCCACAGCUGCUAUUCGGUGAUAACCUUGGAACCAAUGGAUCAAGAGAUAAUAUUCAGUUUUGCGGGAUCCAAUUCUGGGAAUAGCUGAUCAGGAAGCUAAGAUGAUAAUGACGUGUGUUUAUUUUUCCGCAGUCGAACCACCUACUUCCUGUCAUCACGGAGUUGUGUUACUUGUUUGCCGUGUCCGUCUUUUAGCAACGAUCUAUCUUGUAACUAGCGAAACCUGAGAUUUUCUUGUGAUCCCACAGGCAGGUGCAGUUUUGUCACGUACGAGUGUGUACCUUAUGUAAACCGUGAAGCCAGCAGAUAAUUCUUAUCUCACAUUUGAUA